UCUUUAUUCCCUUCUUAUCUAUUUGGAUUUUUUUUGAAAUUUUUUUUUUAUAUUCUUCCUUUAUCUUAUCGGGAGUCCAAAUACCGGUGGCCAAAUUGUUGGAGAAGGCGGCAUAUAUCAUGUCAUCUCUCCACCGCAUGGACUCGGCUCCGGACUUAUUGCUUUUGACGAUUAGGAACUCUUCCGCCAACUGUCGUUUCCGACUUCCACGGCUUUCUCACCUCCUUCCUUCUGUCUUCUACUUCCGGCCAUUUGAUCCCCCCCCCCUCCUGGCCCAUAGACCAGGAAAUUUGACAUGAACAACGACCCAGGUGUGCAGUUUGUGACUGCACGACCGAGAAAGGUUCGCCCCAAUCCUCUCCAUCGUCUUCAGGAGGCGGGGCAUUGAUAGUGCCAACACAGGUGAUCUGAGACCUUACUAACUGUUAUGUGUCUAAGCGUAAUCACGAACAAAUGUCCCGAUCAUCUCAUUCGCCCAGCCGCCGUUUCUUUCAACGUGGUGAGCCAUCAUCAUCUAGAGCUCCCAGCCAACACCCCCGGUUGCCACCGAUGAGAUACGCCGGCGAUGGUUUCGACUUUCGGAGACCUAUGGUCUCGGCUUCGCACCAGACGGAUGAAGUGAUCGAUUUAACAAACGAGCCAGACUCGCCUCCACAGCAACGCAGAGCAGAUCCUCAAUUGACACCGCGGCGGCCCAGACAGCCCCGCUUUGGGAGAGAUAUUAUAGCAGACGUCGUAGAUUUGGAGGCAGAACCGGACAACACAAUCCAUCUAGAUUCGCCGAGCAGUCCAGAGGUCCAAUUCGUCGGCGCCAGCGUACGACCACAACCGCCCCGCCCACCACCGCCACAGCCUAGAGACUUUGAUUUCGGUGCUGGCCUUCUACGAUAUCUACGUCUAGGGGAGCCAAGAUCUCGAGACUUCCCUAGUGGAGGUUUAUUUUCUAGGGAUCUAUCAUGGAGAACUAGAGGUAGCAUCCGUCGUAUGCCGCAAGACGUUGAGUCUUUUUGGAUUGGAGAUAGACCAGGGGGAGCCAUCGAUUUAACGAUCAAUCUAGACAUGGACGGCCCACUGGCGAUGGACUACGGAUAUUCAGGGUUUCCACCCGAGCCGGAGCGAUCGCAACCGGCAUACAAGCCACCUAGCCCGCCGCCGGAAGGGUUUACGAGGACUGUUGGAGAAGAUGACGUUGUGUGUUGCCCUAACUGUGAUUCUGAGCUUGGUUCGGGCGACGAGGUUCAGCAACAGAUAUGGGUAGUAAAACAAUGUGGACAUGUUUAUUGCGGGCAGUGUGCCACCUACAGGUCCAAAUCGAACGCCAAGAAGGCGUCUCAACCCGUUAAACCCUUUUCUAAAUGUCAAGUGGCAGACUGUGGGAAGACUGUCAGUGCGCCGAAGUCGAUGUUCCAAGUGUAUUUGUGAUAAAAAUGUUCUCUCCUCUGCAUGUUCUCAUACACGUUUUGCAUUACUCUGGCGUUAGGUGGACGAUUUCUUCAUCCCGGCUACUACUUCUUUGAUACCCUGGUUGCAUUGAUUCUUGACGGAAGGAUAGUAUACGAAUCGUUAAUACAUAUACCGUUCGGUUACACACUGCUAACUGAACUACGGGCCACCUAUGGGGUUAUUUCCACACCCCAUAGGCUACGGUCCCGACUAACCUCG